AUGUACAAAGCCCUCCUAGCUUUGCUUAUAUUGUGUACUGUUUGCUGGGUCAUUCAGCUACUACCUGUCAUUUCAGUCCCACUUACAUCCCACAGAGGUAACAUCUACCUUUCACAUUUUGAAAAUGUCAAAUUUGGAGUGUUUGGUAUAUGUGACACGAAAAUGGGCAAAUGCAGUAGUCCUAAGAUAGGUUACCCAUCCUCAAACAGCUCAUUUUAUAAUUUGACAAAUGAUGUCAGUACAAGUUAUAGUGGAGUUGUCCUACCGUCUUAUGUAAGAUAUACAAUUUCAAAGUUAUUGGUGGUUCAUGUUGUUGCAUUUUGCUUUUCGAGCUUGUUAUUGAUUGUCAUGUUUAUAUUGUAUGCGUUGGAAAGUUGGGACCGAAUUGAACUUCGUAAACGAAGGGAGGAGUUGAAUCAUUUGAGAAACGAGAGGCAAGAAGAAGAACACGGUCACGUUGAAUUUGAUGAUGAAGGCGAAACCAAUAUGGAUACCGUUGAGUUGCAUAAAGAAGAACGAGAUUUGGGUCCAUAUUUGAAUAUAAUGUUGAUUCUCACUAUAUUUUCUGUUUUAACUACUUUGCUAGCGUUCUUGGCUGACAUUUUAUUAUUCGUUCCUAGAUUGAGUUACUUAGGCUGGAUGCAGUUACUACCUAUAGUUUCGAUGGCAUUGAUCACUUCAAUGUUGUGUUUUAUCAAAAGAUCAAUAUCAAGCAGAAAGUUUUUCGAAAAUUAUGACCACCCCUAUGCUAAUGAUGAGAUGAAGAUAUUGCGAAAUAGAGCUAUGGAGCAUUCCUGGAAUGACAUUUCCAGUGAUGAUGGAUUUGUUGUGUACACUGAUGGGUUUUAUACUAGAAAUGAGGGUGAAGCUGAUGACACUAGAGAUCGUAAUCAUUCUACUAGCUCAUUUCGAAGUGGUGUACGACACAGCAAUUUCAGACAAAGCGAAGACUACUCGGUUAAUUCCAGUAGGGAAUCUAUUGAGCUUGACAAUCUACGAUUGACCUAG